AUGUCUAUCGCACGCGCAUUCACCACGCGGAAGGUCAAGCAGAGCUUGGAGCUCAGGGACGCAGCCGAGGGCAUCCCCGCCCGCAGCAACACAACCAGGGCUGGCGGACUCAAGGCCUCUGUUUCCAUCAGGAAUAAAAUCUCGGGCCCUGUCGAGCUAGUGCACACCACCAACAUGCUCUCCUACAACGCGCCCGACCUGUUCCCCAAGACCACGCCUUCAUCCGCCUCGUCCCGAUCUACUGACGAAGACUCGGACGCUACCAUGCACACUGCUGCAUCGACGCCCCCGACCAGCCCGGACUCGCCCUUCCCGGACAAGCGCUCCAUGUCCCCAGAGCCGAACCACCUGUCCUGCUACUUUACCCCGCCGGCGCAGGCCACCGCCAACGCGCCUGCUAUCCCCCAGCGGUCGCCGUCGCACACCAAGAAGCAUUCCGAGGGCCUCGCCCGCCAGCGCUCCAUCUCGCGCAUGUCAGACCUGUCCGGCCGCUCGCACUCCACCAAGGCCAGCUUCAGCUUCUCGCGGUCUUCCUCGAGCUCGACGACCACCAGCACGACCUCUUCCGUGUCGCAAGCCGCGUCGCCCCUCCACCCGCCCAAGGUACAGAUGGCCCCGCUCGCCUCGCCGCCCUCGGUUGUCUCGAACCCGCCCGUCUCGGCAGCCCAUCACCACAAGAAGGAGUACUCGGACUCGCACCCCUUCGGCCACGAGCUGGCGCAGGUCUCGGAGCUGGCUGAGGAGUACGCCGUCGCGGCGACCUCGUCGCACGCCGCCAACCGCCACCGCCUGCCGACCGUCGACGAGGAGGAGCAGGAGCUGCUGCAGAAGGGCCUGCGCAAGUUCACCGCCAACGACUACCUGAGCGAGAUCCAGCACGCCUUCAACACCUUCUUCGCCGAGGACGAGCCGCAGCAGCAGCCCGUGGCCGCGCUGUGGAUUUGA